AUGUCGAACAAAGUGGGCAGGCCGGUGAGAAAAUCCAAAAGUCUAGGCUGCUGCCUCAAUACAGCAGCAACGGUGGCAGCGGCAGCGCCGGCAUCAGCAGCAGCGCCGGCAUCAGCGGCAGCGCCGGCACCAGCAGCAGUACCACCACCACCGGCAUCGGCGCCGGUACCACCGCCACCACCACCGGCAUCGACACCGGUACCACCGCCACCACCACCGGCAUCGGCACCGGUACCACCGCCACCACCACCGACAUCGGUACCGGCACCACUGCCAUCACCACCGGCAUUGACACCGACACCGCCACCACCACCGGCAGUAUGGGCACCGCCACCGCUACCACCGCCGUCAGCAUCCAAGAAUGUGUUGAAGAAGAAAAUUAAUCUACUUCGGAAGGCGGUGGCGAAAGAGCGCCGCAAGAAUCAAAAGUAUAUCCCAGCGGCCACGACGCUGGGAUAUAUACAAGCGCCACUGCCGUCGUCGGGAUAUGUGGCACCGUAUAUCCCAGCGCCAUCACCGCCGGGAUAUAUGACAGGAUAUACUCCAGCGCCAUUGCCACCAGCGGGGUACGCUUCAGCGCCAUUGCCACCAGCGGGGUACGUUCCAGUGCCAUCACCACCACCGGGGUACGCUCCGGCGUCAUCACCACCACCGGGGUACGCUCCAGCGCCGUCGCCACCGGGAUUUAUUCCGUCGGCAGGAUACGUCCCGUCGGCGGGAUACGUCCCGUCGGCGGGAUACGUCCCGUCGCCGGGAUACGUCCCGUCGGCGGGAUACGUCCCGUCGCCGGGAUACGUCCCGUCGUCGGGAUACGUCCCGUCGCCGGGAUACGUCCCGUCGGCGGGAUACGUCCCGUCGGCGGGGUACGUGCCUUUGCCGCCGGGAUAUGUGCCAUUGCCGGGUAAAUAA